AUGGCUGCACCUGUGCCAGCGCUGUGGCCAGUCACCCACAUCAUCUUUGACAUGGACGGCCUGCUUUUGGAUACUGAACGGAUACGUUCAGGGGUGUUGGAAGAAAUAUGUGGUCGUUAUGAGAAGAAGUACACCUGGGAUGUCAAGUCCCUGGUUCUGGGUAAAAAGUCGUUAGAGGCUGCUGAGAUCAUGGUUGACGUCCUGAAGCUCCCGAUGUCCAAAGAGGAGCUGGUGGAGGAGAGCCAAACGAAGUUAAGGGAUCUGUUCCCAGCAGCUGAGCUCAUGCCUGGCGCGGAAAAACUGAUCCACCACCUGCUGAAGCACAACAUACCCAUCGCCGUGGGCACGAGCUCAGAGUCCGCGUCCUUCGAAAUGAAAACCAGAAGACACAAGGAAUUCUUCAGUUUGUUUAACCACAUCGCGUUGGGAGAUGAUGUGAAGAAUGGCAAACCAGACCCUGAAAUAUUUCUCACCUGUGCUAGGAGGUUCUUUCCUCCUCCAGCCCCUGAAAAGUUCCUUGUCUUUGAAGAUGCUCCCAAUGGGGUGGAGGCAGCCCUGGCGGCUGGGAUGCAGGUGGUCAUGGUACCAGAUGAAAACCUGAGCCCAGACUUGACGAGAAAGGCCACUCUGGUGCUCAGGUCCCUGCAGGACUUCCAGCCUGAACUGUUUGGUUUGCCUGCCUACGAGUGA